GAGACGGAAUCGGAAAAAGGUAGCAGAGGUUCCAAGUGAGACAUGAGCAUAUCCUGCAAUAAAGAUGAUGAAGGUUCUCAGUCAUCCAGGAUCAUAGGCGAGUGGACUUGUUUCAGUCUCUUGAUGAUGUUUCACCUCUCAUGAGAGAGGCAGCAGAGGCCUCUUUAGUUAGUUAGAGCUGAAAACAACUCUUGGUCAGGGAAUCUGUCAGAUUAAAACUAGAUGUGUACACAGUGACGCCAAAAAGUGAGCAUACUUGAAUAACAACUACCUAAUUCUAUAAAACAUAUUCAUCAGUUAGUUAGAACUGAAGCAGCCUCCUGGGUGAGAGGUGAAACAUCAUCAAGAGACUGAAGUAAGUCCAGAUGCCUACGAUACAGCACCUAGAUCCUGCAAUGCUGCACGUAAAUCUCAACUAAUCUCCUAAUACUACAAACACAGUAUAGUAUAGUAUAAGAAAGUAUAUUUAAAAAAAGUCAUCAGUGUAAUAUCACAAUAAUAAAUGCGUUGCAACACUGCUGUAGGUGCCAUCUCAUUGAGAAAAACACACAACUGGAUUAAUGUUCAUAUUCGGAUGUUUUGAAGACGAAGGUGGACUACAGUCAGUGAAGUAUCCUGGUAAGCUAGAUAUAGUGCGUGCUGUUGAGAAGUUCAGACUUUCAAAAGCACUUUUUAAAUUCAGCUCAGGUGCUCUCUGACCGUCCCUGCAUGCACAUAUCGGUUAACAACAUGGAUAGCUUUAGUCAGCGAUUUGAAUCCACAGCCGGACGAGACAGUAAACCUCAAAAGAAGAAGGGCUCUGCCCUCCACAGCACGUCAAGCUACGAUGAAGGAGAACGCAAACCAAAGUUUCACUUACCUUUUAGAAACAUCACAGAUGAUGUGCUGGACCGAUUCGCCAGCAUUCGGAUACCGGGUAGUAAAAAGGAGCGGCCACCCAUAUCACACUCCAAACACAAUCCUAAUGAUUGGUCCAUUUCUUCAUCGUCCAACUCACAUCAGUUUGAGGAGCUUUCAUCAAAAAUCACUUCAGAAAAAGAGAUCUUGGCUCUGUUUGAAAAGAUGAUGGAGGACAUGAACUUGAAUGAAGAAAAGAAGACUCCUUUGAGAGAGAAGGACCUAAACACAAAGAGAGAAAUGGUCCUACAGUAUAUUUUUACUGCCUCCAAAACUGGUAGCUUGAGAAGUAGCCAUCAGAUAUCUCCUCAGGAAUUCCUUGGAGAGCUGAAGUCAGGGGUGAUGGAUGAACGACUGUUUGCUUGUCUGGACUCAUUGCGAGUGUCCCUCACCAGCAACCCUGUCAGUUGGGUGCAGAGCUUCGGACAUGAGGGUCUUGGACUACUGCUGGACAUUUUGGAAAGGUUGCUGUUCAAGAAACAGCAAGAGAGGAUUGACAAAAAGAACCAACAUAAAGUUGUGCAGUGUCUCAAAGCCAUCAUGAACAAUAAGUAUGGCUUGGAUCGAAUCCUGGGGGAGGAAAAAAGUCUUGCGCUACUGGCACGAGCCAUUGAUCCCACCCAGUCUGGCAUGAUGACUGAUGUGGUAAAACUGCUGUCAGCCAUCUGCAUUGUGGGCGAAGAGAACACUUUGGAAAAGGUCCUCGAAGCCAUCACCACAGCAGGGGAAUGGCGAGCCACAGAGAGGUUCAGUCCCAUUGUCCAGGGACUACGAGAUCGCUCAGUUCAAUUACAAGUGGCAUGCAUGCAGCUCAUCAAUGCACUAGUAACAUCUCCUGAUGAGCUGGACUUCAGGCUGCACAUCAGAAAUGAAUUUAUGCGCUGUGGCUUGAAAGAGAUAUUGCCGCAACUGGCAACCAUCAGAAAUGAGGCCCUUGACAUUCAGCUAAAGGUAUUCGAGGAGCACAAAGAAGAGGACAUGAUAGAGUUUUCUCAUAGGCUUGAGGAUAUCAAGAGCGAGCUGGAUGAUGCGGGGGAUGUGUUCAGUAUUGUGCAGAGCAUGGUGAAGGACAGCUGUGCAGAGCCCUAUUUCCUCUCUAUACUGCAGCACCUGAUGCUUAUACGCAAUGACUACUUGGUCAGGCCUCAGUACUUCAAGAUCAUUGAGGAGUGUGUGUCUCAAAUUGUGCUCCACCGAAGUGGCACUGACCCAGACUUUAGUUACCGCAAGCGCCUGGAUGUGGACUUCAGCCACCUCUUAGAGGUGUGUGUAGAUAAAGCUCGAAGUGAUGAGAAUGAACUAAGAGCUUCAGAACUGGCACAGAAGUUUGACGAGGAGUUUCUAAGCAGACAGGAGGCACAAACUCAGCUUGUUAAGUGUGAAGAGAAAAUAGCUGAACUCCAAGCAGAGCUACAGGCCUUCAGGUCCCAGUUUGGAGCUGUACCCGUGUCUCUAUCCUCUGCCCACAAUGGACCAGCACCACUGUCUGGGCCUCCACCCCCUCCUCCAGCACCUGGGAUGCCAGCCCCCCCUCCACCGCCGCCUCCACCUCCUUUACCUGGCUGUCCUGCUCCACCACCUCCACCUGGAGUGCCUCCUCCUUUUGGUGCCCCCCCUCCACCCCCUCUGGGUUUUGGGGGUGGUUUAGGCUCCCCCACCCACCACGCGCUGCCUUAUGGUCUCAAGGCUAAGAAGGACUUCAAGCCUGAGAUCACCAUGAAGCGCCUCAACUGGUCCAAGAUUCGCCCCCAGGAAAUGUCAGAGGGCUGUUUCUGGGUGCUGGCUGAUGAGGACCAAUACGCAAAACCAGAAUUACUCAGCAGAGUAGCUCUCACCUUCUGUUCACAACGAACAGAAACCAAAGACUGUGAGGAGAGUGUACCAACAGAGGAGCCACCCAAAAAAGAAGAGGAGGAUCUAGAGGAUAAGAAAUCCAUAAAAAAGAGAAUUAAAGAGCUCAAGGUUCUCGAUCCGAAGAUUGCACAGAAUCUGUCCAUCUUCCUGGGUUCCUUCCGUAUGCCUUAUCAGGAAAUUCGUCGGAUGAUUUUGGAGGUGGAUGAGGAGCAACUCACUGAACCUAUGAUCCAGAACCUUGUGAAGCACCUCCCAGAGCAGGAGCAGCUCAACGCCUUGGCCAAGUAUAAAGACGAGUAUGCAAGUUUGUCAGAGCCUGAGCAGUUUGGGGUUGUGAUGAGCAGUGUGAAGCGGUUACGUCCUCGCCUAAGCCACAUCCUCUUCCGGCUGCAGUUUGACGAGCAGGUAAACAACCUGCGUCCUGAUAUCCUGGCCGUAAACGCAGCCUGCGAUGAGGUCAGGAAGAGCCACUCCUUUGGCCGCUUGCUGGAGCUGGUGCUGCUGCUGGGAAAUUACAUGAACGCAGGCUCACGAAACGCCCAGUCAUAUGGCUUUGACCUCAGUUCUCUGUGCAAGCUGAAGGACACUAAGUCAGCAGACCAAAAGACCACAUUACUCCACUUCCUGGCACAAGUAUGUGAGGAGGAAUAUCCAAAUGUCAUCAAGUUUGUUGAAGAACUGGAGCACGUGGACCGAGCUAGCAGAGUAUCUGCAGAGAAUCUGGAAAAGAGCCUCAGGCAGAUGGAGAGGCAGCUGCUGCAACUGGAGAGAGACCUGGAGACUUUCUCCUCCCCCGAUGACCAAAACGACAUGUUCUUCACUAAAAUGGCUAGCUUCAGCAAGGUUGCACGGGAGCAGUAUGGCAAGCUGGUGAUAAUGCACAGCAAUAUGGAGACGCUGUAUCAGAACGUGCUGGAGUACUUUGCCGUCGAUCCCAAGAAGACCUCGGUGGAGGAGCUGUUCACUGAUCUCUGCAACUUCCGUUCCAUGUUCACUCAAGCAUUGAAGGAGAACCUGAAGCGGAGGGAGUCGGAGGAGAAACAGAGAAGAGCACGGGUGGCGAAGGAAAAGGCGGAGCGUGAAAAGCAGGAGAGACAGCAGAAGAAGAGGAGGUUGCUGGAAGUCAACGCAGAGAAUGAUGAGACAGGUGUGAUGGAUAGUUUGCUGGAAGCCCUACAGUCAGGAGCUGCAUUCAGAGACCGCAGGAAGAGAGCACCAAGACCCAGAGAUAACCAGCAGCAGACCAUCAGCCCCAGCUCCUUCCGCCAGGUGCUCAGGCCUGUUAACCAUGAAAACAACAAGGCACCUUUACAAAGGUCUCGCUCUCGGCAGAAUAUAAAUGUGGGCUCAGCGAUGGUGAAAGCUCCCCUGGCCAAGGAGGCCUGUAACGAGUCUGAGGGCCAUCCGUCUGCAGCCCGGUCAAAGGCUGCUGCGUGUUCGGAGUCGGGCCGCAGGUACAGGAACCCCCCCGGUCACAGUUACUGGCUGGACAGAGAGCGGGUGGUGGAGAGAGUGACGGUUAAACCGAAUGAGAAAGAGAUGGAGGUUGAAACACAGCCUCCGGCCUUCCAGCCGACCUCCACCGCUGCUGCAGUCGGCAGCAGCUGUGGCUCCAAUGGAGAGUCGGACGUGGAAGCUCUCCUGGCCAAACUCAGGGCCUUGUGAGGUUCAUUUUCACAUUAUCUCUGAGAUGGCAUACAUAUACAGCAUAAGUAUAUAGAGCUUAAAUGUUCCCACAUAUUGCAGCGUGCUCUGAAUGUACACCUGAAGGAUUUCCCUUCAGCAAUUUUGUAGACAAGAGGAAAAAUGUUUGAUUAAGACCAAGUUGAUAAAACGUUCCGGUACAUUAAAAUAAGGAAACAAAGACAUUUUUUAGAAUUUCAUAAAAUAUACAUUUGGAUGCUUUUGACACUUGUCGGUACAGACACAGAAAUCCUCCAGGCAGGUGGAGCACAGAUAGCUGGGCACACUUUGGCCCACAGAACGUCCUCUGAUACUGUUGCAAACUAGUGGAAACACUUUAAACACAUAGUGGUUUGUUUGUAAAAUACAGCCAAAUGCAUUCAACAGAGUCUCUACCUGAUCCUGUCAAGUGUAUGAUCAAGAACAUUUGGCUAUAAGUUAUUAAUCCCUGACGACGGGGGUAUAACAUCUCUGAGGUAAAAGGUUAAAUGUUGAUGAGCACUUUGUUUGUAGCCAGAAGCUUGACGUAUUGAAUUAAACCAAAAUGAAAUCAUUGAAUUAAUCACAAUUCCUCCUCACUGGCAUUGCCGCUGAUUUGUAUUUCUGUAGUUUGUAUUUUAAACUGUCAUCAUAUUAUUACCUUUAUUUUAGUUUUUAAUUUACACAUUUGCAUGUUGUUCGUAAUGUUCAAGUAAAAAACCUUCUUCUUUAAGGCAGUUCACAUUUGGUAUCACCGUCCCUUCCAAGUGAUCAGGUCACAAGUGGACGGCUCUAAGUCUGUUAAUUCACACCUGGUAUUUCCAUGCAUCUCGCUUUGCAGCGCAAAUGGUCCCUCGUGAUCAGAUCUCACUUUUUACUCUAUAUGCAAACACAACUACUGUGUUACUGAAACAAAUGGUUAAGUUUAAAUGUGAAAUAAAUAUCUCUUCAAGUAAAAUGUUUGCCCACAUAAUUCAGAAAAGUUUCUCAUAAGGCAGCGACUCUCAAAAUCGUGGGUUUUCUUAAGGGAGUCUGGUGACUUCUUCCAUGGAAGUCAAAGAAGUAGCCUCUAUUAGCUGUUUACAUCAAUAAAAUGUUGUCUUCUUAAGUAAAUUGAGUGCAAAUGAUUAAAUCAACAGCUGUUGGGAGGUAAGACAAACUUAAAACACAGAAGCAGACAGGCUGGUAAAGCAUUGCCUCGAUAUACUGACACUAUUCACAAGGAAAGAAAUGAUCCCUAACCCAUCUAUUACAAAUAAAUAAGAAUUUAUAAGAAGGCUUGAAUGAUUUCGAAUUUACCAUCACCAUUUUGCGAAGUCUGUUGAAGGAGCCCUAGGAUUCGGCAGUUAACGAGUUUAACGGUCGGUUGAAGCAGACGGUGUCUUCACAGUCAUCUGCUGCUAACUUCGGCAGGUUUAGAGAAGCAUAGACAUGUAAUUUAUAACACGGUGGACUUCAUGGAAACCAAACCGUGUGUAAUCCAUUCUGUCAUUUCUCGUUUCACUGAGGACGUCAGUUGAGUGGGCGAUCCGUCAGUGUGGCCCAGGGCCCAUAAUCGAACACACUGCUAAAAUAAAUGUGGUCUCGUGCAUCCCAGACCGAAUGUGUGAUCGGAUCUCAAAUUGGUCCUGGGAUUGUUCACACCUGAACUUCGAGUGGUCCGCUUGUGAUUGGACCUCUCAGGACGAAUCCCACCAACUAAAUGUGAACGGGGCCUUUGAGUCUUUUCCGUGUCGUUUAUAUUCAACCAUUGACCUAUUGUUUGUAUUUUCUAUUUUUAAAAGACAUGUUAAUGCAUUCUAUAAAACUAUAUAUAUAUA